UUACCAUCCAACUGCUGGCUCCAUGAAGCAUCAGCUGGAAUCGAACCGGGGUACCUACAAGCGGCCCCCCCAGACGCGCUCUUUCCACCCGGUCAGUGUCCGUUGCUCCGCUUCCCGGCCUCCUUUUGCGUUCGUCGCAUCGCGCGCGCGCGCGAGAGAGAGAGAGAGAGAGAGAUGCGGCACAAAGCCCCUCUUCGCGAUAGAAGGUGGUUAGGGUUUUUACUAUGCAUUGUGUAUGGAUGGAGCUCGAUCACACACACCGAUGCUGCGAUUCACGAGUACAGGAACGAAGCUUUCACUCCUCAUUCCAAUUCUUUCUUCUUCCAUGGCGGUAGCGAGGGACUUUACGCCUCGAAGGUUCACGAUUCAUCCAAUAAAUCACACAAGGGGAAGUCCUUCAUCAAGUUUGAAUCUAUCACCUUUGUAAGGACUGAAGAAUCCACUAAACAUCAGAAUGAUAUGCAGAAAAACACUGGAUUGGUGGAAGCUAUUAUUGUUGAGAUAAAAGACAAGGAAAGGAUUGGAGGUUCUUUUUUGAAUUCUAAUGCAACAUGCUGCACCCCAAGUCUUUCCAAGGAUGGAUCCUGUAAGACAGGAGAAGUUAUUAUUCACAAAAAUCCAGACAAUCAAUGGCCAAAACGCAUUCAAACCUUUUUUGAAGGAAAAAAGGAAAUAGCUAAAAUGCUUUCAGAAUCUGUUGAAAUAGAUAGUACAGGAAUGUACUAUCUCUACUUCAUGUUCUGUGAUCCACAGCUUAAUGGCACAUUAAUUAGAGGAAGAACUGUAUGGAGGAAUCCUGAUGGCUAUUUACCUGGAAAGAUGGCUCCUUUGAUGACUUUCUUUGGCUUCAUGUCUUUGGCAUACCUUGUCCUUGGUCUAAUCUGGUUUAUACGUUUUGUCCAAUUCUGGAAGGAUAUUAUGCAGUUGCAUUACCACAUCACAGCUGUCAUUGCUCUUGGAAUGUGUGAAAUGGCACUUUGGUAUUUUGAAUAUGCAAAUUUGAAUUCCACUGGCAGCAGACCAAUGGGCAUUACAUUGUGGGCAGUAACCAUUAGCACUGUGAAAAAGACUGUUUCUCGUCUCCUUCUUUUAGUUGUCUCAAUGGGUUAUGGUGUUGUGAGGCCGACACUUGGUGGUAUAACCUCUAAAGUACUUCUUCUUGGUGUGAUAUAUUUGAUUGCCUCGGAAGCACUUGAGCUCUUUGAACAUUUGGGAAACAUCAAUGACUUUUCUGGAAAAACAAAGUUGUUUUUAGUGCUACCCGUUGCUAUCCUGGAUACAUGGUUUAUUUUGUGGAUUUUUGCAUCAUUAUCAAAAACUUUAGAAAAACUUCAGAUGCGGAGAAGCAUGGCUAAACUAGAGCUCUAUCGAAAGUUUACCAAUUCCCUUGCAGUAUCUGUGCUGCUUUCCAUUGCUUGGAUUGGCUAUGAGUUGUAUUUCAAGGCAACGGAUCCUUUAAGUGAGUUUUGGCAAAUUGCUUGGAUCAUUCCAGCUUUCUGGAGUCUACUUUCCUAUGCUCUCUUGGUAGUGAUAUGCAUUCUCUGGGCUCCUUCAUCUAGCCAAACUAGGUAUGCAUACUCAGAUGAGAUUGGAGAGGAGUUCGAGGAGGGUAUCUCACUGACAGCGGUCGCCAGGGAGACUGUAGCUAAGCUGGAGAGGAAGGAGAGGUCGAGUGCACCAGAUCUUAAGUUUGGGCUCAGCGAAGAUGCCGAGGAGGAUAAGCGGGAAUGAAGCGUUACUCCAUCCAUGUACUGAAGAAUUGUAUUCCUAUGCCAAGCUUGCUGGGAUUUUGCCAAGUUGUGCAACUUCUGUUUCUGUGUACAGAAAGCCUGUGAAUGAUACGUGACCAUCAACUAUGGAAAAACAGCACGGUAUGAAUACAUCGAUUUGUAAAGCUGAACUGUAAUGUUAAUACUAAAAUAGAAAUUUAACCCA